AUGGCCACACAGUACGACGCGAUCUAUUUCAACCAAUCGCGACUCUAUGGCCAAAUCCGUAUGUCCGAAAGCGGUCUGGGCUGGAAGGCCACUGAGAAAGCCCAGGGCGGUUCUGCCGCCAAGGUCUCUGAGCCCUUCCUGCUGCCAGCAAAAGAGCUGCUGUCCGCUCAAUGGUCUCGAGGUGCCAAGGGGUACAUGUUGAGGAUUCAGACAAAAACCAGCGGUGUGGUUCAGCUAGAUGGGUUCGAUGCUGAGAGCUUUAAUUCGCUCAAGAAUGCCUUGAGCAACACCCUUGAUCUUAAUUUGGAAGCCCGCGAGCACUCGAUGCGGGGCUGGAAUUGGGGUUCCACAGAUUUCGAACGCAAUGAGCUUGUAUUCAACGUCGGCUCGCGUCCUGAUUUUGAAAUCCCUUAUUCUGCGGUUCUGAACUCCAAUGUUGUGGGCAAGUCCGAAGUCGCUAUUGAGUUCAAACUCCAGUCUGCCAGCGAGCGUACCACUGGAGGCGACGAGGUUGUCGAAAUGCAGUUCUAUGUGCCGGGCACGGUUUCCAAAGAUGACUCUGACGGAGUCAAGUCAGAGGAUGGUGUCAAAAAGGAAGAAGAAGGUGAAGAGCCCGUUGAAGAACAGAGCGCUGCGGUUGUGUUCCACGAGCAGCUCCGAGCCCGGGCUGAUAUCGGUAUGACCAGCGGCUCUGAGAUUGUGGCGUUUGCCGACAUUUUGUUCCUCACUCCUCGUGGCCGUUACGACAUGGACAUGUACGAAGACUCCUUCCGUCUUCGCGGCAAGUCCUACGACUACAAAAUCGGAUACAACACGAUCCAACGCAUUUUUGUCUUGCCAAAACCCGACGAUACUCACAAUCUUGUCAUAUUGCAGCUUGACCCCCCACUUCGCCAGGGUCAGACCCGGUACCCUUUCUUGAUCAUGCAGUUCUUACGGGACGAGGACCUGGAAACUACGUUGAACGUCGACGAUGAAGAGUUCAACUCCAAGUACAAUGGGCGUCUUGAAAAAUCGUACGAUGCAGCCGCAUACCAGGUUAUUUCCAACUUGUUCAAGGGCCUGGCCAACCGCAAGAUCACAUUCACCGGCUCGUUCAUUUCCGCCCAGAACCGGCCCUCUGUGAACUGUUCGCUUAAAGCCAGCGAGGGCAACCUUUACAUUUUGGAGAAGGCGGUUGUUUUUGUGUCCAAAUCCCCUGUUUAUAUUCCGUUCAGCGAGAUCGCUACUAUUCAGUUCUCUCGUGUUGGCGGCACUGUUUCGUCUUCCCGCACUUUUGAUAUGACAAUCACGUUACGCGGUACUGCCGGUGAUCAUCAAUUUUCUAAUAUUUAUCGCGAAGAGCAACAGGGCCUCGACACAUUUUUCAGAUCUAAAAACGUCAAGGUCAAAAAUGAGAUCGUCGAGGAACAAAAGAUCUUCGAGGCCGCCCUUGAGGAUGUGGACUCAGAUAUCGAGAUGGCUGAGGGCUCGCAGGAUGAAGAGUCUGAAGACGAAGACUUUGACGAUGACGAAGAAAGCGACGUUGCCGAGGAGUUCGACUCAAACGCCGACUCAGAUUCCGAAGGUGAGUUCGAUGACGAUGAGGGCUCGGACGCUUCCAACGGCUCCAACAAGGCGCCUCCCUCUAAAAAACCUAAAACUAAACGUUAG